AUGAAAGUGAAAGUCCUGGUCAAUUAUCAUUCUGAGCUUCGUUUGGCUCCGUUAGUUAGUUUGACGGACCUCGACCUCCAGAUCCUGCCGCCCCAGAACCGCAUCACGGCUGACGAGCUGGGUAGGCGUCUCCAGGGUUUGGACCUAGACGCCGGGUCCAACCACCGCCUCGUUGACGUCCGCAGCGAGGCCGAGUUCCACAUGUGUCGGAUAGAUGGCGCUGUGAACUAUCCUCUCGAGAAGUUCCACGGGGCGAAGAUCGCCGAGGUCUUGGGCAUGGUCGAAGGCGGGGAUCAAGUUACGUUCGUCUGCAGACGAGGCAACGACUCCCAGGUCGCAGCCAACACGGUUCUCGACCUCCUCGAUGAUGUCCACAAGUCGAGGGUCAAGGAUCUGGUUGGCGGCCUCCACUCUUGGUCCGGCUGCGUCGACCGGGACUUCCCCGUUUAC